AACAAUUAUCUCGGGAACAACAGCUGAAGUAUCCCGAGAGAGAGAGAGAGAGAGAGAGAGAGAGAGAGAGAUAUGGAGGGUAAAGAGAAGAAAAGUCAUUCUCUUUUGAGAGGAGGAAGAAGACAAAGCAGUUACAGCCAUGGCUACUCUUCAGCUCAAAUCCAGUCCUUGGCUUCCAUGUGCGAAGCUCUCAUACCUCCUCUAAUUCCAAACAAAAACCCACUUCACAAAUCUCUUCAAACUUUCUAUGAAGCUUCAGGGUCUCAGUCUCCUAUCCCUGACGAGACAGCAGAAAUGGUGGUGAAAAAGGCUCUGCCACCGGCUGCUUCUCUUGUGAGUUGGGUACUGAAGAUUCUUUCAUUCAGAUUGGGGACUUUGUUGCUUUGUGGGUUCAUUUGCUUUGAUUGGAAAUGGCCUUUCCUUCACAAGUUCUCUGAAAUGUCUUUGGAGAAGAGAGAGGCAGUUCUCAAGAAAUGGUCCAAGCAAAGGCGUUUUGUGCCUCUCAGAUUAGCUUUUGUGUUGAUCAAACUCUUUUGCUUCUUCACAUUCUUCUCAAGGGUUGAUGAAAAUUCACACAACCCAGCAUGGGAAGCAAUUGGGUAUCACGUAGACACCAGGAAAAGGAUGACCAAAACCGAAAAGGAGAGGCCUCUUGAUAAUGGAGUGAUUGAAACCAUGAAAGAAACUGACUCCUCCCUUGUCCAAUCACUAAUCCAAAAAGGCCUAGAAGUUACCGAAGAUCCAAACGACAACAACUACAAGAUCAAAUGUGAUGCUGUUGUCGUCGGUUCGGGCUGCGGUGGAGGAGUUGCAGCUGCAGUUCUAGCCAAGUCUGGCCAAAAGGUGAUUGUCCUUGAGCAAGGGAACUACUUUGUUGCCCAAGAUUAUUCUUCGCUGGAGGGUCCUUCAAUGGAGGAAUUGUAUAAAUUUGGUGGGAUUUCAUCAACUAUUGAUGGGAAGAUCAUGUUGCUAGCUGGCUCAACUGUUGGAGGAGGUUCUGCUGUAAACUGGUCUGCGUCUAUUAGGACACCAAGCAGUGUCCUCCAUGAAUGGUCAGUGGAUCAUAAGAUUCCAUUGUUUGGGAGUUCUGAAUAUCAAUCUGCUAUGGAUGUUGUGUGUAAGAGACUUGGUGUUACGGACAAGUGUACCAAGGAAAACUUUCAGAAUCAAAUAUUGCGGAAAGGGUGUCAGAAUCUUGGUCUAGAAAUUGUUUCGGUUCCGAGAAACUCGUCAGCUGAUCAUUACUGCAGCUUUUGUUGUUACGGCUGUCCGACAGGAGAAAAGAAAGGCACUGAUACGACUUGGCUUGUUGAUGCCGUGGCCUGCGGCGCGGUGAUUUUAACAGGAUGUAGAGCUGAGAAAUUCGUACUUGAGAAUGGCAAGGACGGGGGAGCUAGAAAGAAAUGCCUGGGAGUAAUCGCCAGAUGUUCAAGCAAGAAAAUCACCAAGAAGCUGAAAAUUGAGGCGAAAGUGACGGUUUCAGCUUGUGGGGCUCUCUCAACUCCUCCUCUCAUGAUCUCCAGCGGACUCCAGAAUCCAAACAUUGGAAGGAACCUCCAUCUUCACCCUGUCCUCCUGACAUGGGGGUACUUCCCAGAAGAUGGAUCAGAAUUCAAAGGCAAAAUGUACGAGGGAGGAAUCAUUACCUCGCUUCACAAGGUGAUUUCCGAGGGAAACAACACACGGGCAAUCAUAGAAACGCCUGUAUUGGGACCUGCCACAUUUGCUACCCUCUUUCCUUGGGUCUCGGGAUCUGACAUGAAGGAUAGGAUGGUGAAGUAUGCAAGAACCUCACACCUAUUUGCAAUGGUGAGAGACCAAGGUUCAGGAGAGGUCAAGGAAGAAGGAAUGGUCAAGUACCGAUUGACACAGUUGGACAAAGAAAAUCUUCAGUGUGGGCUCAGGCAAGCCUUGAGAAUUCUGGUCGCGGCAGGAGCCGUUGAAGUAGGAACCUAUAGGAGCGAUGGACAAAGAAUCAAGUGCAAAGGGCUUAAAGAGAAGGAUUUCGAGGAGUUUUUGGACACUGUGACCGCAGUUGGAGGGCCGGGGACGAGAGGCGAGCACUGGACGAUUUACUGUUCUGCACACCAGAUGGGAAGCUGCCGAAUGGGUGCCAAUGAGGAAGAAGGAGCUGUUGAUGAGAAUGGAGAGAGUUGGGAGGCAGAAAGUUUGUUUGUAUGUGAUGGGAGUGUUCUCCCAACGGCUGCUGGGGUCAAUCCUAUGAUUUCCAUUGAAUCCACAGCUUUCUGCAUCUCCACCAGGAUUGUUAAGUCCCUGAAAAGGCAAUCUCAUGUGGGUAAUUAAAGCAAGCAAUCUCUUGUGGGUAGUUAAAGCAUGUUUUAUGAUCUUGAUUAUUUAUGAUCCAUCCUAGUGUGAAAAGAUAGCAUUAAUGUAAAUCUUGGGGCUGAAAAGCUGCAAGAAAAUGUCUCCCUCGAGUCCCCGUUCCGAUUGCAAGAAAUAUUCUUCUAAGCAAAAUUAAAUAAUUAUGUACUUAAAUAAAUAAAUAAAUCUGUGAUUAUUUUCUUCA